AUGGACGCUAUUCCUAUUUCAUUUCAUCGCUAUGAGGAUAGGACCGUAUUUGACUCCUCGCAUACAAGAAUCCCCACAACAUGGCCCAAGUCCACGAAAAUCACCGUGCCGUUUGUCACCGGGAUGGCUAGGCGGCCAGCCAUAGUCGAAGGUAUGGAAUUGGGUGCACUCGGCGCCACGGACGAGUCCCAGUAUCGUCAGAAUGAGGACGGACUCACAUUCCGUGUACGUCUUCGGCUUGCUCUACCGCAUAUUGCGCUAAUUUCAACCACUUUGCUGUAUGUGUUCAUUGGAUCUCUCGUCUUCGCCGCCAUUGAACAACCGUACGAGCUGAUUCGCCGAGAUUUUCACUUGACUGAAAUCCGAAGAGCGGAGGAAGCGAUCAAAGCAUACAAUGUGGUACUGGACCCAGAGAACGAAACCGCCUUGAAGCUUAUCGAUCAUCUCACGAAAGUCACAUUCGACGCGUUUGAGGCUGGCUUGAAACCGAGUGAUCUGCAGAACAACAGUUUUCUAUCGCGAUGGAACCUCGCCUCUUCGCUGUUCUUCACCACAACUGUGCUCACCUCCAUUGGAUAUGGUCAUCUCAUCCCGAUUUCUUCCGAAGGCCAAAUACUGUGCAUGUUUUAUGCUAUCCUCGGAAUCCCUCUUACCCUGAUCACAAUCGCUGAUGUGGCCAAGUUCCUGGCGGAUUUUCUUGGACGACCCGGCGACAGCCCGUUAGCUGAGGUAUCCGGUUCACGUCGUCUCACAGUGUUGCUCAGUCUCCUCGGUUACAUGACAAUGUCCGCAUGGAUCUUCACUUUCUACGAAUCUGGAUGGUCGUUUCUGGAUUCGUUCUACUUUUGUUUGAUCUCAUUGAUGACGGUCGGAUUUGGCGACCUCUAUCCGCAAGGUGAUAUGGAGUAUAUGCUCGCAUCUAUAGUGUUCCUGUUCGUUGGAUUGGUACUGACAACGUUGGCGGUGGAUGUGAUGGGUUCAGCGUGUAUCGAGCGAAUCCAUUCGCUUGGAAGAGGUCUGGAUGCGAUGGCGCUGCUGAGGGUGCUGAAGAGCGCCAAAGGAGUGAUCGGGAACAAGUCCGCGCCGCCCACUCCGCUGUGGUUCGCGUUUGUACCCAAGGACGCGGCGGCGAUUCCAGCUCAGCUCAGAGUCAAGCAGCAGAACCCCGCGGAUGAUAUCCAAACGACCACCGCCACCUCUGCCACCUCCACCACCACCGCAGCAGCAGCAGCGUCGACUCCCGUUCUGCUCUACGAUGGCGUCGUCGAACCAUCUGCUACGUUCCUGGACGCGGUCGCAAACCUCAACCUCGAGUACGAUCGAGUGGUUUGCAUCGGUCCAGAGCCUAUUCGUCAACAUCUUAUACCUCAAAUUGUACGUGAGGAGUUGGAAGUACCGCCAGCGUUGCUCACUUAUUACGAUCUAAGUAAAAUUCCUAGUGAUACUGAUUCCUCUACGGCUGCUGUCAGCUCUGAUUUAGAUUUUGAUGAGGAGGCCAGACUGAUAACGUCACGGCUAGAGGCGUUAUCUGAAGAACAACUCGCUUGCGCAUUGGACGAGGUGAAUCUCGGUGUUGAGCCUGCAGUAUGCGAUCGUGACGCACAAAUAGAAGGUGAUGUGGUGGUGAGGGCACGAGGCCUACCAUGGCAAGCGUCCGAUUGCCAUGUAGCACAAUUCUUUGCGGGACUAGAGAUUGCACCUGGUGGUAUAGCGUUAUGUCUAUCAGCGGAAGGUAGACGUAAUGGAGAGGCGUUGGUACGAUUCAAGACACCGGAAAUGCGAGAACUUGCGCUGAAAAGGCAUCGACAUUUUCUCCUAUCAAGAUAUAUUGAGGUGUAUAAGGCGACAGCCGAAGAAUUCCUUCAUGUAGCAGCCGGAUCUUCCUCAGAGGCGGUGAAUUUCGUAUCAACGGGUGCAGCAAUGAUUGUGCGUAUGCGUGGGCUACCGUAUGACUGUUCGGAGCAACAAAUUCGUGAUUUUUUUGCUCGAGAGCCGGACAGUUGUGAAAUGAUGGAGAACGUGCUGUUCGUCACCAGAAGCGAUGGACGGCCAACAGGAGAUGCCUUUGUGCAAUUCUCAGACGAAGAGCAAGGGCAACGUGCAUUAUCGAAACAUCGUCAGACGAUUGGAAAUCGUUAUAUCGAACUUUUUCGCAGCACUAGCGCCGAAGUUCAACAGGUGGUGAAACGCUCAACGGAACCCUCGGCAGCGAACGGUACACGUCGUGAUUGCGUACGUCUUCGUGGACUACCGUAUGAGGCACGUGUGGAACAUGUGGUAGAAUUUCUCGGCGAACAUGCUCGAUUUAUACAAUUCCAAGGCGUUCAUAUGGUAUUUAACAGUCAAGGGCAUCCAUCCGGUGAAGCGUUCAUCCAAAUGAACAGCGAACAAGCGGCUGCAGGAGCGGCUGCCGCUGCUCAUAACAAAUUCAUGGCGAUUGGAAAGAAACAAAGGUAUAUCGAGGUCUUCCAAUGCUCUCCUGAUGAUAUGCACUUGGUGAUGGCACCUACGGCUCCCGCUCCUGUACCACCACCACCACCAUUGAUGUUACCGCAAAGACCGACAUUUGUGUCGAACAUUCCCGCUCUCGUGCCGAUGUCGGCGCCAAUGUUCUGGCCAUAUCCAUCACCACCGGUCUCUCCUAAUAUGGUCAUACCAGGACAGGUUAAUCAACUAGUGGUCUACGGUAUCGGUCCAAACGUUGGCUUACCAGAUAUCAUUGCUCAUUUUCAAACGCCCGAUGUUGUCGUCGAGAAUGUGAUGUUCACACGUGUCGCUCAGGGCAAUAUUCCCGGUGAAGCGGUAGUUACGAUUCGAUCUCGAACUCCGUCCGAUCCACCGGUGGUCGCCAUUGAUCCGCAAUUUCUUCAGAAGGUACCAAUCGACACGCAGUUCGUGCCUGGCGCUGUAUCAAUGACGUUACCACAGGCGCUUCCACCGCAGCCGAUAUACACACUAAUCCAGUCAUAA